UAUCAGAGCUUCAGGAGGAGGGAAUGAACGCCAUCAACCUGCCCCUCAGCCCGAUCCCCUUCGAGCUGGACCCUGAGGACACCAUGCUGGAGGAGAACGAAGUACGAACGAUGGUGGAUCCAAACUCACGCAGUGACCCCAAACUUCAAGAACUGAUGAAGGUAUUAAUUGACUGGAUUAAUGACGUAUUGGUUGGAGAAAGAAUCAUUGUGAAAGACCUGGCUGAAGAUUUAUAUGAUGGACAAGUCUUGCAGAAGCUUUUUGAGAAACUUGAGAGUGAGAAGCUAAAUGUUGCCGAGGUCACCCAGUCAGAGAUUGCUCAGAAGCAAAAGCUGCAGACUGUCCUGGAGAAGAUCAACGAAACGCUGAAACUUCCUCCCAGGAGCAUCAAGUGGAAUGUGGACUCUGUUCAUGCCAAGAGCCUGGUGGCCAUCUUGCAUCUGCUGGUUGCUCUGUCUCAGUAUUUCCGGGCCCCAAUCCGACUCCCAGACCAUGUUUCCAUCCAAGUGGUUGUGGUCCAGAAACGAGAAGGAAUCCUCCAGUCUCGGCAAAUCCAAGAGGAAAUAACUGGUAACACAGAGGCUCUUUCUGGAAGGCAUGAACGUGACGCCUUCGACACCUUGUUCGACCACGCACCAGACAAACUCAACGUGGUGAAAAAGACACUCAUCACUUUUGUGAACAAGCAUUUGAAUAAACUGAACCUGGAGGUCACAGAACUAGAAACCCAGUUCGCAGAUGGAGUGUACCUGGUGCUGCUCAUGGGGCUCCUGGAGGGAUACUUUGUGCCCCUGCACAGCUUCUUCCUGACCCCAGACAGCUUUGAACAGAAGGUCUUGAACGUCUCCUUUGCCUUUGAGCUCAUGCAAGACGGAGGAUUGGAAAAGCCAAAACCACGACCAGAAGACAUUGUCAACUGUGACCUAAAAUCCACACUGCGAGUGCUAUACAACCUCUUCACCAAGUACCGGAAUGUGGAGUGAGGGGCCACCCUGGGUCCCCACUGCCCAGAAGUUUCUGCUUUGGGCAGACAGGACGGACCAUCCUCCAAACCAUCUUAACCUGCUUAUUUCUGUCUCUUGCUCUGUGCUGUCCCACAGGUCCAGCCACAACCCGGAGAUAGUGGGAACUGAAAUUAGGAAGGAAGUGACCAAUAACUCAGUGGGCUGACCCAUACCUCCCAGGCCCUGGGACCAACCAGCAAUGACCUGGGAAGGUUGUCCCCAUCCUGGCGUCUGGUCCAGAUUCCCCACAGUGUGGCUUGGGAUCCAGCUUAGUCAAAAGAGUCCCCAGGAGAUGAAAAUGAAGAUCCUAGUGACCA